UAUUAAUCUCUAAAAUGGAUAGUGAGCAAUCUUUUUCAACCCACGGUUGUAACUCUUCCCUCCCGAUGAAGCAACGGUUCAUAGCUGAGGAGAAAUUUGUUGUGACAGAUGACCCAAAUGAGGAUAACCCUCCAUCAUAUUAUUUCAAUGGAUAUAUAACUUAUGUGUUAUUCUGUAUGCCUCUUACUUUCUUAAUGACAUUCAUCCCAGAAUGGAACACAGGGUCAGAACUUUAUGCUGAUUUUUAUGAGCGUAGGACUUUCUACACUCAGUACUUUAGCCUGGGAAAAUUCUUAUAUUGGAUGAUCCUUGCUCCAAUUGGUUUCGCCUUUGUUGUUACAAUUAAUCUUGACAACGAGAGGAGAACUCCAUUCACCUCUAGAGAUGGAUCAUUCAAAGAUAUUAAGAAGUUAAUGCUUGUAGCUCCUAUUUUGUUCUUUGCUUCUGCAAAUAUCUUCUUAAGGGACACUUAUGAUAUGAGAAGAGACUGUCCUGUUAUCGAUACUAAUUUUAUCCAAGAAUCUUAUGAAAAAGGAUUCAUCCAAAACUGGGAGCCUUCUACUAAUUUCGAAACCAUAGGAGAGCUAGCUCAUGAUCAUAAAGAACUUCCAGAAAUUUUCGAUUCAAUUACGAAGAAUCUUGAGGAGUUUGAAGAUGUAAGAUGCCAUACCUAUACUCGUUCUGAGGUAUUCUGGUAUAACUUUGUCCACUUAAUUUUCUUCUUCCUUGGUCUAAAUUUUACCCAUCUCGAUCAAGGUAUCCUCCAAGAUUUCACUCUUGACUGGGAAGUUAUGAAGAACUGGCCUGCAAUGCUUUGGGGAGUAUUCAUUUCUCUCAUCGGAUUCCUCAUUUUCACAUUAUACCACCUGUUUGUACUAUAUAGAGAAUCAGAGGUUCUUGGCUACUACUUGAUCUUCUUAGUUCUUUAUAUCUCAUAUUUCGUAAUCAAGACGUGGAUACUAGGAAGUAAGAGAGAACUUCAUAUCCACCAUUAUGUCCUAGGAUUCUCUGUUGUAUUGUUCUGUGGAUACCAAAGUUAUUAUGUGACCAUCCUUGGAGCUAUUUUUACAGGGAUCUUCAUUGAAGGCAUCUCCCGUUGGGGAUUUGACCCUAUUUGGGAAUAAGUUACUUGUUUCAACAUCUAUCGAUAA